AUGUCUGAAGAAUACCUCCAAGAAGAAGAUAUUGUGUAUCGUGUCUUCAAUGAGAUUCAAGGAUACCCAAGGAAGGUAGCUCAGUUUUCAGAGAUUUUGGCGGAUGUAUAUUGCCAUAAUGCCGAAGAGUUUGUUAAACAGUUUUCAAAUUGCAUGUACACCGUUAUUGGACACAAAGGCACUGGAAAGGAAAUGGAGAAUCUGCUUUCGUUCGUUGCUACAGUAGUGAGUCGUUGUAUUGGCAAUCAGCAGGUUCCCAAUUUGUCUCCUUUGAUUAUUGAAGAUUUGCUCACAUUUACUAAAACAAAGGACCGCUAUGUUCGUCAACGUUGUCUGAAAAUAGUAAACAUGAUUUUGGUAAAGUCAAAAGUCCUGGAUUUGGAUGAGCGCCUUUUGAAAAAGCUGAAACAAGUGUAUAUUGAAAGAAGCCGAGAUAAAAUUAUUGCAGUUCGCUCUGCUGCAGCCUUAGGACUUUGCUCCCUUCAGAACUCCCAGACUCCCGACACGGAGGUCCUAACCACUCUAUCAAAGAAUUUCGACUUUGAGCCAACUGCCCAGAUCCGUGGCAUCUACGCUGAACACAUUUUCGUGCAUCCGAUCACAAUGGAGUGCAUAGGACAUCGCCUUCGCGACGAAGAUAUAUCGGUUCGUCUGAAUUUGCUGCAAAACCUUGAGAAACAUUCCAUCAUUCAGCAGUUUUCCAUCCAGCUCCGCCAAUCGGUGAUUCACUGCCUGCAAGAUCGGAACGAGGUGAUUGUUCAAGCCACCGAGAACAUUAUUCUGAAUAACUGGGCGAAGCACAAUUCGCUCUUUGCCUUAUUGUCGCUGAUCGAUGUUGAAAGUGAUGAACUUGUUGGGGAAUUGCUUUUGAACAGCGUUUUCCUGCACGAAUCGAUCGAUCGAUUGGUCGAUUUGAAUGGAAGCGACUCUUUGUCUUUGGAGACUUUUUACGUGUACAGUCUGGUUCGGUUUCUAUUCGAGCAAAAGCGAGAAUCCGAAAUCGACCGCAUCAUUCCGGACAUCCCUUCGUUUUGUGAGAAAAUCAAGCAGAGUUUGCUUCGAUCCAACGCCGACGAAUCAUCCCAAUUCCAAUAUUUGGACAUCUCCGACGAUAUGUGUCGUUCCCAUAUUCUCAAUUUAAUCCGUUUUCUCUUUUCUUUGAGCGCUGAAAAUCGAACCGAUUUGAUUAUCAACUUUGAAAACGUUCACAUUCUUCUUCAAUCGCUGCUCAACCGAAAUCUCUCUUCUUUUGUCAGACUUGGAGGAGGAAAUCGAGCACGUUUCGCAAGACCAGCGGAUGCUUCUCGCUCUUUACAUCAUUCAAAGCACUUUCAAACUCAUCUCCUCCAACGCGUUUCAUCAGCCAGCCCUCAAUUCGUUCUUCGAACAGGUCAUCAAACCGAAUCUCCAGUCCACCGUUUCCACUCUUCGCUGCGAAGCCGUGAAAGGAUUGGUUCUUCUCGGCAUUAUGAAUCGCGUUUUUCUUUAAUUCUCUCGUUCACCACCCAGGAAAUUUCCCUUCAAUACGCGUCUCUUCUUCUCUGCAUGGUUUUAGAAGAGGACGAGAUGCCUGAAGUCCAGUGCGUGGCGAUGAAUGGACUCACCGACAUUCUCAUCACGCACGGCGAGUUGCGACUGAGCGAAAGCCAGGAAUCGGGACUCGGGAUCUCGAUCGAGGAGUUCGUGCAGGGUCUCAAUCUGUACAUUUUCCAUUCCAACGAAGCGUUGCAGAACGUGGCGUGCGAAUGCUACUGCAAACUCUUCAUUUUCGACAAGAUCCGGUCCAUUCUGUGUCUUUCGAAUCUGCUUCUCUUGUUUCUUUUGCCUUUCUUUUUCAUUAUUUUUAGGCUUUUUGACUCUGCAACGCAUCGAUUCAAACUUCAUCAAAUCCUCUCUGUGUUCUUCCCCUCCUUCUGCAGUCCCGAAAUCGACCGGAAUUGCCUCUUUCUCGAAGAGGCUGUGGUGUUUACGCUCAAGGGCAUCGCGGAGGCAGGCAUUCCGGAUCGCUAUUCCAUGAUCUCCAAGAUCGGCCAGUUUUUCAUUUUAUUGAUGACGAUGGAUUUACGUCAAUCCGAAAAACGACAUUUUAUAGCGAGUAGUGACGAAGAGCCGAAUGAUGCGUCGAAUGGCGAGGAGGCGAAGGGAGGCUCGGAGAAGGAGCGAUCAAAAGAGUAUCAUCGAUGUGUGAUGGUUUUAGUUGAGAAAAUCGUCGAGCUGUGCGAUUCAAAAUAUGGUUUUAUUUUUGGAGGAGUUGUGUGA